AUGGCCAACGAUGACGAGUCAAUCGACGCUAAAACGUUGAGAUCUUACGUCUAUGAACGAUGGCCAGGCUGUGAAUCAGAAGAGGAAGAUCCUAUUUUUCAAAUUAAUAUAGGGGAUAACGUUUCAGAACCUUCAGGAGAUGAAGACGAUGCAAUCAAUCGUUUCAUGGGACGUCCUUGGCUGCUCAAACGACCAUCUCAAUCCAGUAACCAACAGCUAGACUCUUCACCAAAGGAGUUAAACAACUUUGCGCAUAACGAAAAUGAUAUAAUUGACAGUACAGAGGAAAACGACGACGAUAGCAAUAUUAACACAGAAGAAGAAGCGUCAAGAAUUGCAGAUAUUAUAAAAGAUAAAGAAACACGUCGUAUAUAUUUUACUACCCAUCCGAAUGACGAACAACGAGCGAAAGGAGCUUAUGAAGUAAAAGAAAACGAGGCACUUUGGUUAGUGUCCUCUUAUAGACAGCUUUGGGGCCCUAAGAAUUUGACAGAUGAUAAUCCAUUAACCUACUGGCAAUCUAGCUGUGCAGGCCCAGGUUAUCAUCAUACGAUUGACCUUAGCUUUUUUCGCGCUGUAUAUUUGACGCAAGUUUCUUUAUUUAUCGACUACAAUCAAGACGAGAGUUAUACCCCAAAAACAAUUGCCAUUUAUGCAGGAUUAACAGAAAGAGAUUUAGUUGAAAUGGCCCAGGUUACAUGUGAGCCAACAGUUGGCUGGGUGAAUGUCGACAUGACAAAGGACAAUGAUAAUAAGCCUUUUCGAGCAUUUGCAUUACGGGUUGCUAUUUUAAGCACACAACAAAACGGAAGAGAUACUCAUUUGCGUCAACUCAAAGUCUACGCUCAGCCUUAUCCUGCCAUACUUUUCGGAAGAGAAAAGGAUGAUAAUGGCAAUCGACACACCCACAAGCGCAGAAAAAUUUAA